CAGACACCAGCGGACGACGGCACACACGACAUGUGCGAUGCCUGCGGGCAGCCGGGCGAAUUCAUCUGCUGCGAAAUGUGCCCGCGCGUAUUCCAUUUUCUCUGCGUCAACCCGCCAAUGACGCCCGAGGCCGUGAGGCAGCUGGACCACUGGUACUGCCGCCAAUGCGCCCACCUCGUCUCGCGCAAGCGCAAGUCGCGAGCGCACGCGAAGAACAUCUUCUAUCCGCUGCUCUCCGGGAUGGAGUUCGAGAACCCGCGCGUGUUCGCAGUGCCCGAGGACAUCCGGCGGCAGUUCGACGGGAUCGAGGCCGACAUCGACGGCACGUUCAUCAACACGCGCAAGGACAAGCCUGUGCGCGUGAAG